AUGCGUACUAUUCAAAUUUAUCAUCAAAGUUUCAAGUUCCAAAUUCUUCUUUUUGUCGUGCCUACAGCGCAGCAAAGGACAGUAACUCAUGUACAGGAGCACGGUUUCAUCAAGCGCAGGUUUCUUGGAAUUCGUAAAGAUUUAGCUUUGUUAAGUUGGGUGAUUAUCAAACUCUACGACGUGGAUUUAUUGCGACUCAUUACAGGAACAAUCCCAACUUCAAUUUUUACACGUACACAACGCGCGCUCGAAACUGAUUUUAAGAAAGUUGUUGGAAUAAGUUGGUAUCUAGGGAUAAUUGUGGUUCUUUUCUUGUUGCUGAAUGUCAAGGGUUGGCAUGCAUAUUUUUGGAUAGCAUUCAUUCCCUUGAUUCUUUUGCUUAUUGUGGGCACCAAACUUGAGCAUAUAAUUACCCAAUUGGCAGAAGAAGUUGGGCAGAGACAUACAGCUAUUAUAGGGGAAUUAGUAGUCAGGCCUUCUGAUGAUCAUUUCUGGUUCCACAAACCACGCCUUGUCCUUGUUUUGAUUCAUAUAAUUCUGUUCCAGAAUUCAUUUGAGAUUGCAGUCUUCUUCUGGAUGUUGGUUAUAUUUAAAUUCGACUCGUGCAUCAUGGGAGAAGUUGGUUAUGUCAUCCCCAGACUUGUCAUUGGGGUACUUGUGCAGCUCCUUUGCAGUUACAGUACCUUGCCAUUAUAUGCAAUUGUUGCACGGAUGGGAAGUUCAUUCAACGGGGCUAUAUCCGAGGAUCAUAUACAAGUGAAGCUUACUGGAUGGGCUGAAAAAGAAAAGAAGAACACGGCUCAGAGGAAAGCCGUUGAUGGCUCAAUCCAGGUUGGACGUAAAGAGUCUCUUUCUAAUGUGCCUCCACCAGCAGUUGGGGACGAGUCAAGAAUGGAAGAAGGCAAAGCUCUAGAAAUCGAACCCACUGCCGCCUCAAAUGAACCUAAAUGA